AAAAACAAUAGUAAUGUUUAAACACAUUGUUUUGUAUUUACUAUUAGUUUAUUAUUAAUUAAUUGAUUGAUUGCUAUCACGGGUUUUGAUUGUUGACCACUACUACUACUACUACUAGUUAGGCCGCGCGGCUUUCCCGCGAUUGCUGACCACCAAUCAGAUUGUAGAGAGACAUCAGUGUCUGACAACUACCUAAUCGAUGGCCCGAUUUUCCGACUCUGAAUCAUCUGAUUCAGAAUCGGACGACAACGGAAACUUUAAGCGACGGUCGCACCGAUUGGACGACGACGACGAUGAUGAUGAUGACGCCGACGAUAAUUACUAUGGCCUUCCCGCUGAACCGACACGGAUGGACAUUGUCGAUGACAAUGAUUAUGGAGGAGGAGGUCCAGAACCCGGCGAAUUGUCCGAUGAUAACGACAUUGUCGCCGCCACUGCCACCACUACCACCGUCGCCGCCGCCUCAGCUAACAACCACAUCGGUGUUAGCGGACAGUUAGCGUCCAUUGAUAAUGCACUGGCGUCACGAUUAAAGCCACCGCCGCAGCCACAGCCAAGAGAUCCGCGAUUGAUGCGCGCAUCUGCGGCAGUGUCGUCGUCGUCGUUGACCACAAAUGUUGAACUGGCACGCGAUCCACGCAAACGGUCGACGAUUGUAGCUGUCGUUGAUGGUGACGGCGGCGGCGGCAACAUUCACAAUAAAGUGGCCGCUGAUGAACCUCUAGGCGAUGAUCGUAAUGAUGAUGAUAUCAAUGACAGGACUGCCGCCGCCGCCGAUGAUGAUAAAGAAACCGAAGAAGAAAGAUUUGCCAAACGACUGAAAAAGUUUGAAAGACUCGACACCAACACAACCAUCGGCGGCGGUGGCGGAGAUAUCGCCGAUAACUACAAGUUGUCGUCGGUUUCCAAACAGCCGCUUCGCGAACGAGUACGCAAACUGUUGAACGAAAGGAAACCAAUGAUGGCAUUCAAAGAGAUUAAAGACGAAAUUUCGAUUACAGAUAUACCGAAAUUUAAGGACACAUUCGUCCAUAUUGUUAAAGACUGGUUUCCGGCCAUUAUUGACGAUGCAUUGGAUCCGCGCAGUGUAUUCAUUGAUACCAAUCAUGUAAAUCAAUUUCAGAAUCUCCUUAAAGACAUUUUCGGACUCAAAGUCAAACAAAAGGAUGUCUGGGAGGCCGUCAUCUUAGGAAUCGAUAAGUUUAUUAUCGAAUCGCGCAUCAGUUCUGUGCCACUAUUGCUGACCAAACUUCGGUGGGUAUUAGUACGCGACAUACGCGAGUAUCUUAUCUCCGAAGACAUACGUAUCAGUAUUAAAGCGUCCAAUGUUUUAGUUGAUCAUCGCAUCCAAUUGCAGGCCAAACGUGAGGCUCAUCGGCGAAAUUUUGAACUUACAAAUGCCGCCGGUGGUCGACAGGUACCGGUGGCCACCAUAACGCCGACACCGGCAGUGAUCAACAACAACCCUGUGCCUAAAUCGUCGUCGCUGUUCUCCGAUAUGAUACCAUUAUCGCGACCAAAGCCAUCGACAGCAGCAGCAGCAACAAUGAAUCCUAUUAGCAUCACUGGUAUGCCACCUGUUGUUCAGCCAACAGUCCUAUCGGGUGGUUGUACGGCGGCGUCAUCCGACUAUCAAUGGUCGCCGACAAAAAUGUUUGAUACGGCAUCGGCCAGCGAAGCCAUGACGGUAAUGCCCGACGAUGAUGAGUGCGAUACAUACGGUGGUGGCAGCGGCGGUGGCGGCAAUAAUAUGGAUGGCGACAGUAAGAUAAUCGUACAGAUCUUGAAUCACAUCAAAAUGGAUCAAUACAUGCGAUUGGUUCAUAUGCUUAUCAGGCAUACCACUGGUUCUUCAUCGUCGUCGUCGAAAUUUAUCGAAGACUUUGGACGAGCCAUAAAACUAUUUGCCAGCAGUUAUCCAAACCAUAGCAUGUAUAACAUGUUCAACAAACUGCACGAUCUGAUCAAAGUAAAUAAGUCACAGUUUACUAAUGAAUCGGCGCUCAGGUCGGCAAUGGCCAGCUUACUGGUCGAGUUUGCCGAAAUUACCGAAUUUAAGACUAAAGAGUGGAUACUCAUACGCGACCUGACCAUCAAUAACUGUGGCCUAAUACCGGCCGAUAGGAAUCCGUUUAACGAACAAAUAGUACCGAUCAAACACAACAUUGACUGUCACAUACCGUAUCGGUUACCGGAUACGGGCGGCCGGCCUGUACUCAAAUACGAUGACGCACCCGAUCGUGACAUACCAUUGAUAUCCAAGGAUCAUAUGAUAGAUCCCAGAGUUGAACUACAGUGCGAACGUGUGAUCAAAGUAGACAUUCCCGAAGGUACACCCGAUAUGCCGUCGCGAUCGACGCCUCAGUACUCGACACUGUUUUCUCCAUUACAGUCACCGAUUAAUCUGGUCUCACCGUCAGCGUCGCCGGUUCGACGGACAAAAAUCAAUACCAAAUCAUCCAACACAACAAUUAUGACAACAACGCCGACUAAAUCACGGGCCCGAAAAAGUUUUCCGUCGCCUGGAACUAAAGCACCACUUGUCGCCACCAAUAGGAGACCUAAAAUGCCAAUUAAGGCGCCGACGACGUCGUUGUCGAAGAAGAAGCCGUUUGCAGGGCCGCCGCGGCCAUCGACAACAGCUAUUACUAAGUCGUCAUCAAUAAUAAAGACUACCAAAGCACCGAUUAGGGCGCCCACUGGCGCUAAAUCACUGGCCAAAUCACAAUCAACUCCUGCUGCUGCUGCGGUCACAACUAUCAGCAAUAAUAAUAAUAAUAAUAACAAUAAGAUAGCGCGUAAAACGGCUAUCACUGACCCCAACAGGUCAACAACAACAACAAAAACAGGCAAACUAUCGGCGCUUCCAACAAAAACAGCAGCCACUGUCGUCGCCACCGCCACCACUACUACUGACCCCGUCCAGGCCGUCGUAACCAAAAAGCCAAUUAUAGCGCCCACUAAACCAGUACAUCCGCCGCAGCCAGUGAUAGUCAACGAUCCGCGGCUGACACGUACAAAGWCGCCGAUAACUACCGGUACUAUCAGGAAAAUCGGUGGCAAAUAUUCGCAACAAGAAUUGAAAAGUAUUACCCGUAAAGUUGUCCUCUCGUCGUCGUCGUCGUCCUCCGAUGAUAAUGAUGAUGAAGACGGUUCCUCCUGAGACACCACACCAUCUCCCCUAACCUAACGUCUCAUCCCUGACCUGUGUUAGUCCCACACUAUAUCGGGCAUACAUUUAUUUUUAAAAAUAC